AAAAUCUGUCAAAACGCUUGGAACAGCACACUCAUUGAAGAACUGUUUUUCGUCAACUUGUGUUGUGAGACAAUUGUAUUUGGAUUGAAAAUAAAAAAAGAGGGAAAAUAAGGCAGACGAAAACAUGACUCCUGUCGAACAUGUAUCAUUGUGUCUGACAGCAGUGAUGUUGGUGUUGAUGAGAACUUCAGUUGGAUUGAUGAGCAUUAGAACAGAUGAGGGUUUGGUGAAUGUUGCACUCAACAAAGACAUUGUCGUGGCUAAUGUAUCAGAUGAAGAUGUUGGUGUAGCCGUAGAUGGUAAAAGAAGUUCUUGCAUUAUAAAAGACACAGGGCAUGAUAUUUGGUGGCGAGUGGACCUUGGUGAUCUUCACACUAUUUUCGACAUUCGAGUUAAACCAACGGAGGAAUAUUUUAGCCAGAAAUACGCAGAAAGAAAAACUUGUCACCAAAAACUAAGGGGCUACGAGGGUACGGUCAGCACUACGGUCAGUGGAAGGACAUGCCAGCGCUGGGAUCAACAAAAGCCCCAUAAACAUACAUUCCACCCGGAAAAUUUUUGGUAUCGAGGAUCAGAUUUUUUGAAGAAUAAUUACUGCCGCGUUCCCAAUGACUGGAUAAUGCCGUGGUGUUUCACUACUGAUCCUGGAGUAGAAAGAGAAUAUUGCGAUGUCUGGGUUAAGGAGUGUGUCAACGGGUGA